CUCUGUUUUUUUUUUUUUUUAAAAUAUGGCGUCUUCUUUGAGUGGUAUGUUUUCGGCCCAACAACCACCAGGACCAUCACUUUCAGGAGCCCCUGGGCAAGCCGGUUUGUUAGCAGCUGGAAACCGAGGUCACAGCAACACUCUUGUUGAUGAUCUUGAGGCGUCUUUUGAGGCUUGUUUUGCAUCCCUUGUAAGCCAGGACUAUGUGAAUGGUACUGAUCAGGAAGAAAUUCGAACAGGUGUUGACCAGUGUAUACAAAAGUUUCUAGACGUUGCCAGACAGACUGAAUGCUUCUUUUUGCAGAAAAGAUUAUUGCUCUCUGUACAAAAACCUGAGCAAGUUUUAAAAGAGGAUGUAUCAGAAUUGAAAAAUGAACUACAAAGAAAAGAGACCUUAAUUCAAAAACAUCUAGGCAGAAUACGUCACUGGCAGCAGGUGCUUGAAGACAUCAAUAUACAGCAUAAGAAGCCUGCUGAAAUGGCUCAGGGUCCAUUGGCUUACCUAGAACAAGCGUCAGCAAACAUUCCUGCCCCAGUGAAACCAAAUUAAUGAUGGAAAAGGAAGUGGACUUUUUUUUUUUUUUUUGACUUAAACUGUAUAU